CACCCUCUAAUCUCCUCAACACUCCACACUGUCCUGCAGCACACAUGAUCACAAACACACACACACAUACACACUCACACACACACACACUCCAGAUCUCCUUCUCCUCUCUCUUGAACUAAACAUGCUCUGUUGGGAAUUAUGUUUAGCCCUACUGAUCACCGGCUUCUCAGUGUGGGCUCUGCCUUCAACUAACAUCAAGAUCACACAAGCACUGCCUCUGCAACUGUCAGACUCAAACCAUCCUGUGACAUGUCCGCUCUUCUGGACUGAAUUUGAGGGUUACUGUUACCGCUUCUUCCCCUUGAACCGCACGUGGGCUGAGGCAGAUCUAUAUUGUGCCGAGUUCUCAAACGGACACACAUCUGCCAAACUCACCUCCAUCCACAGCUGGGAAGAAAAUGUGUUUGUCUAUGAUCUUGUGAACAGCCGUGUACCAGGAAUUCCAACAGAUAUUUGGAUCGGCCUUCAUGAUAGAAGACAGGAGGGCACUAUGGAAUGGACAGAUGGGUCACCCUAUGAGUACAGUUACUGGGAUGGAAAUCAACCAGAUGAUGGCAUCCAUCGCAUCCCCGAGGAGGAGGACUGUGUGGAGAUCUGGUACAGACAAAACAGUGCACUGAGGUCUUGGAACGACAACAGUUGUGAUAAGGCAUUUCCAUUCGUCUGCAAGAUUCCUACACUGGAAACCUAACUUCAGAUCCAAGAUUGUUUAUCCAAUUCUUUACGAUCAACAAUUAAAUCACAACAUCACUCAAUCACAGUGCAGCAAAAAGAUGUCUGCUCAUCUCCAUCCUGCAGUGAUGAAGGGCCCUUUCCAGCCUGCUAUGGGCAUUCAUUUGCAUUUCUUUCUACGUCCUCCCAUCACUGUUAUUAUAGUGCUGUUUUCUUGGUCCUUUGGGGCCAUUAAUAAAACAUACAUCCCUCUGUUCCAGAAAUGAACCCUUUUGUAAAUCAGAAGUGCUGUUGAUAAUAUUAUACAUUAAAGUUGGUGAUAUUAUGGCGAAUUACAGUUAGAGACCACCAGUGGUGUCCACAUGCACACACAUUCUUGCGGUUUACGGGGACUCUCCAUAAGUGUAAUGGUUUUUAUACUGUACAAACUGUA